AUGGAUACACCCGAGAUUGCCUCCACUAGCAAGAAGCCAUUGCUGCCGUUGAGUAGCGCGAAGAAGCUCACGUCCAAAACACAUGCUCUACCUGAGAAAAAGAGCACCAAGGGUACCCUGCCACAAAUUAAAGUCACUACAACAAAACCUGAAAUCAUCUAUGCUGAUCGAUGGAAUUUCAGAUCACUUGUUCAACGCCUAACUGGGCGAUCGGCCAAAGACACUGACAGAGAAAGCGACCAGCUCGUGUUGAAGGUUUCAAAAAAGAGCAAAUGGUAUGAGGAUAUGUACAACUGUAUUAGCUCCCUCAAGAUGUUAGAGUGUUCAGUUAAUGUUUCUCAGGAAUGCUUAGACUGUUUGGUGUACUGUAGUUUAUUCCCUAAGGAUUACGAGAUUGAUCGUGAUACGUUGUUCCAGUUAUGGAUAGCUGAGGGUCUAAUCAAGGAAGAACCAAUGGAAGAUAUUGCAUCUUCCUAUCUUAAAGCUCUUUGUGACCGUGGGAAGUGCAUUUCCCUUUUGAGAGAAUACUACAGUACUGGGAAGGUAUGGUACAAGGUAAACAGUUUUCAAAUCCCUGAAAAAGUCCUUCAGAAUUCCAAAAUCACUCCUGUCAGACUACUGAUUUCUGAUGACCCUGCAAGUGUUUUGUCUGUUACAGAAACAGAGCAUUUUCAUGUAGCUUUGCAGCGUCUACUCCCAAAAGAUCUUCAUGUUCUAGGAAGGUUUUCAAAAAUCAGGACGCUUUUGUUGUUGCGGAAUCACAAGGCUAAUAAUGUUGAAAGGAUUCCUUAUGAUUUCUUCAUGUCGUUACAGAAUCUUCGUGCUCUGGAUUUGAGUAGGACGAAAGUAUCAGAUCUGCCAAGUUCUAUAGGUAAUGCUAAAUGUCUGCGUUAUCUUGACCUUUCUGAAACACUUGUUAAACGGUUGCCUGAAACCAUUGAGUUUCUUCUAAAUUUGCAAACUUUGAAGCUCCGAAAUUGUCCUCGCCUGAUUGCUUUACCAAAAGCCAUCAGGAGGCUAAUAUGCCUUCGACAUCUUGAUCUUGGUACCCUUCGUCGUUUGAAUUCAAUGCCAACUGGGAUGGGGGCACUGUCAUGCCUUCGCACUUUGUCAGAGUUUGUUGCUGGUAGGGAAAAUGGCUGCCGCAUUACAGAACUCGGGAACAUGAAUGACCUUGGGGGAAAGUUAUGCCUCUCGAAGCUGGAAAAUGUUGCUAGCUUAGACGAUGCUAAAGAGGCAAACCUCAGGAAUAAACAACGACUCAAGAAUUUAGAGCUUCGAUGGACUGAUGAUGAUGAUGAGCACCAAGAAAGCAUUGGAGUGAAAUAUGAGAAUGAAGAAGAAGAAGAAGAAGAAGAAGAAGAAGAAAUUACAGAAGAAGAAACAGGGAAGAAGAAGAAUUCAGACGAAGAAGAAGAUCAUUAG